CGACACAGCGCCAUACACCGUCUCGCGCCCAACAACAAUCCGCAUGCCUAUGCUUGGCGACGAAACUCAUCUCGCUGCACUCUUUGUUCUUGAAGAAGGAAUACCGUCCGAAGUCAUUGAUGAGUUUUUGCANAAAGUGUACAGCGAAUCAGAAGUAUACCAUCUGUGGCUAGCUGACGACAGCCCAGGUAGCUUCCCAGAUGACUUCGAUGUGGCGACUGUGCCUCCUAGAUCUCCUGCUUGGCGAUCUCCGUUUGUUGGAAAGACUAUUGAAGAGGCAUUCGGAUUCCUUUCAACUCUCCCCACCAACACUGGAGUGACGAUGAAUCCACCUGUAUACUACGAGAAACUAGGUCAUUGUGUGCAAGAUCGAUGGAGAAGGCACGAUCACCACCGCACCUUGCGCAGCACAGAAUCCUAUCUUGCACAUCGACUCGCUGUCCUGGCACUUAUGGCCGCAGUAUCUAGAAAGAUGGCG